AUCUCUCUUUUUCCCUUUUUAUUAUUUAUUUAUGUAUUUUUAAACUUUUAAAUAUUCUUUUUUUUUUCUCGCUCGAAAAUGUCAACAACAAGAAAUAUAGAUCAUAAAAAAUGGACACCCUCGCCUACUAUUGAAGAAGAAACAAGUGAUGAAGAAGAAGAAGAAGAAUCACAAGCGAUAACGAAUGAGUCAGACUGUAGUUCUUCACCUAGUAUUCCAGACGAAGAUAUCAACUUUGAAGUUGUCUAUACACUUCAUUCCUUUGAAGCUACCAUGGAUGGACAAGCGACAGUGAAAAAGGGGGAUGCCUUGACGUUAUUAGAUGAUUCUAACUCUUAUUGGUGGCUCAUUCGAGACUUGAAGUCUUUAGAAGUUGGCUAUAUUCCUGCUGAGAAUAUCGAGACACCCUUCGAAAGAUUAGCAAGAUUAAACAAACAUCGAAAUAUAGAGAUUACAUCUUUAGAACAAGCUACUUUUUAUAAUAAUAAUGAAAUAAAAGGUACAAUUAAAGAGAAAAAGGUCAUAUUAUCGACUUUGUUGAAUGUUCAACUUCAAAUAUUAUUAACUGGAGAAGAUGAGGACGAAAUUGAAGAUGAAGAAUAUGAAGUAUGGGAUGAAGAAAUGUUAGAUGAUGAUGACGAAGAAGAAGAAGAGAAUGAUACGACUAUAAAAGAUGAACCCGAAAACAGUAAAGAGAAUCAUGAAAAGGAAGAUAUUCCGACAACUAGUACUACUACUACUACUACUUGUGCAUGUGCUAAUCGAGAUCUCUUGCUAAAUAUGAAAUCAAAAGUGCUACGCAUCUAUGCAGGAAAUAUAGAUGUUGGAGCAGCAUACCAUUCAAUUCGAGUCACUGAAACAACAAGCGUACAAGACAUGUUGGCAAAUACAAUGGAAAAAUUUCAUAUUCAUCAAAUAGAGCAACGUUAUAGUAGUGGUAUAGAAUAUUAUCUGACAGUAAAAGCACGUGAUAGUGAUGAGAUCACAUUGGAUCUACAAGAUAAGCCCUAUGAAAUCCAUGAAUCCUUAACAGCCUAUUUGACAACGCCUAUGCCUUCACUUGCACAAUUUAGACAGUUGGUGUCAUCUGAAUAUUAUACAAAAAGGAAGACUAAAUCGAUCCUAGACGAUGAUGAUGUGCAGUUCUUUAUGCAUAAACGCAUUAAACAUGUGAAUGAUAAAAAUGGUCAAGUACAUAUUAAAGUAACACUCAUGACUGCUGCUACGAAUUAUGUAGAAAAGAUAAAUCCUCUUAAAAAAAUCGCAUCCCUUGGGAGAUUUGGCAGUAAUAAAAAGAAGAAGAAGAAGGAGAAAAAUGAAUUAGAAAGGAUUGAUAAACUGAUUGCCAUUCCUGCUAAUAUCACUAUUGCUGAACUUACCUCAAUUGCAUUAGUUAAAUUUCAUAUUAUAUCUGAUAAAAGACAACCUCAUUCCUAUAUACUUAUUUUGAAUGUAAAUGGGAAAAACAAGUUAUUGAAUACAGGACAAACAGUAUCCAAUGUACUAAUGAAUAGUAUUGAAGAUAAUUCGUCUUUACAAGAAAAAUACUUUUUACUACAAAACAAGCAACAAUUCCUCGAAGAUCCAUCUUCAUUAACAAUAAAGCAAUCAAUGAUGACACAUCUGGAUAGUCGAACUGAAGCUAUUUUAAAACGAAUUGAUGCAACCCUAGAAGCAUAUCAAAUAUCACCUAAUCAACCACAACAAACAAAACGUAAUUCUACUUUAUCCAUGUUUGUUUCUAGAAAUGAAAAGGGCAUUGAUAUUCAUCUUCCUCAUGGAUUAUUAAGAAGUACAAUUAUUUCUGACAAACAUAUUCAAUAUUCGCUUAUGAAAUCUCCAAAUAUACUUGUCCUUCAAAAGAUUUUACCCAGUAAUGAAGAUAAAAAUAAUUUCAUCUCCACAGAAGAAAUGUCAAUAUUAAUAAAAUAUGGAACUCACUAUUUGGAUACAUAUGAAGCAUCAAAUACGUCUAAUAGACUUGAAAGUCAUAUUGGAAAGGAAGAUGACAAAAGCAUAUCAAGUCUAGAAGAUUUAGAAAAGGAAUUGCAUCGAAUCAUUACAUCACAUUCAUCUUGAAAGAGAAACAAACAAUUAUACUUUUGUUUAAUAUAUAUCCCUUUUAAGUAUUCUAUAGUGUAUUCCAUUU